AAAAAAAAAUACAUUGUCCUGAGAUUCCUGUCGACAAAAUUAUACAUUAAUUCUUUUAAAAUCGGAAUAUGUGGAUUCAAAUAUAAUCAAGCAUAAAUCGAAUUUUACGGAUUGAAUUCUUAUUCUUUAAAGUCAUAAGAGAGCAUAAAAAUGGAACAUAACGAUAUGCUUUGUAAUGAGACUAACGUUAUAAUCGCUGUCAAAGAACUUUUUCCUGAUAUGGAAUCAGAAAUCAUUCAGUCAGUUUUUAAAGAAGUCAGGAGUCUUGAACUUACAAUUGAUCAUUUAUUAGAAAUUAGUUCACAAACUCAAAAGCUCGAAGAAAAGCAGUCAAGCACAUCGUCAGUCAAGAAAGAUGAUUUAAGAAAGAAUAAUUGGAACCGAGCAAUUCUGACGAUUCCAGACAGCUUUUUGCGACUUAGUGAUCAGGAAGAUGAAUUUGUAAUAAUGCUUCAAAAUGAAGAGUUUUUGAACGAAUUAAGAUUUAAUCAGGAGUUUUUGUCAACUCUUGAAAAUGAGCAAGGGAAGAUUUCAGAUGCAAGUUUUGAAGAACGACUAAGGCAUAUGGGCAAAAGUGGCAAGAAAAAGUUUUUUCAACUAGCCAAGCUAUUUAGUUUCCAAAGAAACAAGAAAAUAUCUCAUCACAAGCAGCCUUUAUGUGAUGAAGAAAAGUAAUGUUGUGAUUAGUUUAAUUAUCUAUUAUGAAACUUUAAUUUAUUGUACUAGCUUUGACUUAUUGCAACGAUUUUGUUAUUUUAUAUUUAUUUAUACUUCAUUUUGCAUUAAAUAUACUUAAAAUUGUGCAUAGUAAUGCAUAAAAUAAUUAACUUCCUUUUAUGAUAUUUUAACGGAA